AGUUUCGACGUCGGACCCUCCAUCCUCGGCCGCCCCCUACCGCUGCCAGAGCUGGCGUCUGAAGACGAGCCCCAGGCGAAGCGUCAAAAAUCCGUCGACCCGCCAAGCAAACAGAGCAUCGCCGACAAGGUUGCAGCCGGCGCCUACGCCUCCCUCGACGACAUCGCAGCCGACCUUUCCUCCGCCGUCAAAUCCUCACUAUCCGAGAUGGAAUCGGGCUCUUCGGAUUCCGGCGCGAGAGCCGUCACCCUCAAGGCAGCCGCGCAGAUCAACGAGUUCUGGGACAGAGCAACGGACCUUCUCCGCCGCGAAAAGGCGUACCCGAAGACGCGACUGGAGCCUGCGCAUGGAGAGGUCGAGUCGCAUACGGCGUCUGAGAAGAGCGAAGUAGUUCUAUCGCUCGUCGGCUAUGCGCCCCAGGAGAGACGCCUGUUCUCCAGCUUACCGCUGGCCAAGGACGUCGACUUGUCCGACGUGAGCCUCCCGCCGGGCGUGUCCAUCACCCGAAUCAUCCCCUCCAACACCCAAGACCGCACGCAAACCCUUGGCGAGCUGUUUGCUCCGCCGCGUCCUCUCCCGCCUCUCCAACCGCCCAAGCAGCCCAAGACACAGGCCAAGGGCAAUCGGUUGGACUUCUACCACCCCCACCUGGCCGACGGCUCCAGGUAUCGAGGCAACUCGUACUUUAACACAAAACUCUCCACCGGCUACUAUCUAGAUUACAGCCAGGCGACGCCUUCUUGGCAGACCAAGACUAAGCAGCACGAACGCGCGCAAAGUCUCGCCGGUCGAAAGCCCUCUCUUUCCGAGAUUGAGAUGUCGGAGAUGGAGACCCUGUUCCGGGGCGCUUUUUCCACGUUUGCACCGUGCAAAGAUGACGCCGCUGCGGUAGUGCCGUCCAGCGUCGCCGGCCGUAUCUGGUGGCAGCGCAGUGGCAAGCAGAGCUUCCAGAGAAUGAUCGAGGUGGAAUACUAUGGCGACCUCCAGACCCCAGACCCCGUCGACGCAGCCCAGCCGGUGGAGCUGGACGAAACAGCCGUGCAAGAGGCCAUUGACAACUGGGACGACACCGUCAUUGACCCAUCUCUCGAGGACGUCAUGGGGUCCAAGCACGACGAGCAGGACAAGGAGGCCGACGAGAUCCUCGACGAGGUCAGCGAUCUGAUCGAGACGCUGGCCUCUUACCAGCGCAUCCGCAACCUAACACUACCCAACUCGCAGAACCGCCAGUCCAGCGACCCGGUGACCGGCGACAUGCUGGCCAAUGCCGGGCCGCAGCCGUCGGAAGAAGAAUUCGCCACCUACCAGAUGCUCAAGGCUCAGCUGGCCCUCAUCAUCAAGACGCUACCGCCCUACGCAGUGGCCAAGCUGAACGGCGACCAGCUGGACGAUCUCCUCAUAAGCACAAAGAUCAUGGUCCACACCGACCAAUACAAGGGAACCAUGGAUGAAGACGAGGCGGCGGUGCAGGCUCGCAUCAAAGCGCAGCAGCAGGCUGCCCAGGCGGCGCAAGCCAAUGUCCGACCUCCGCCGCAACGGACCCCCAGCGUGUCCGCCGUGCCGUAUCCCAACCAGUAUGCGGCGGCGGCGGCGGUGAACCAGUACGGCACGCCGAGCCGGGCCGUGCCCCCUCAGCCCCAGCAGUACUAUCGCCCUUCGCCGGCUCCCAACUACCAGCAGCCUCGCAACCUGGGCCCGCCGGCUCCCCAUCAGCCCAGGCCGCCGCAGCCGAACCAGUACACUCGUACCAACGGCUAUCCCAAUCAGUACGCCACCCAGCUUGCCAAAGCGCAGACCCCGUACGGCCAUCAGAGCUUGCCGCAGCAGUAUGCAACCCAGCAGCGGCCAAACUACGGGCAGAUGCCGCCGCAAGGUACACCGAACGCCCGAUACACCUUCCAGCCAAGUUACCAGCACCAGCACCAGCACCAGCACCAGCACCAGCACCCGCACCCGCAUCCGCACCAGCCAGGCGCGCCGGCGCCCCCCAACUAUGGCGCCUACGCCAACAGCCCAGCCGCGAUCCCGGCCAGGACAAUGUCCCCUCAGGUGGGGAACCGGCAAACAUUCAGCCCUUCGCCUGCUCUGCAGCAGAAUCCGGGGUACUCGGCUCCAACCCCGACCAUGGCCAGUCAGAUGAACCGAUUCCCGAGCGGCUCCAGCCAGACGGGGGCCCACGGCCAGAGUCCCGGCCUGACUGGAUAUCACACGGUCAUCCCCGAGGCUCAGCAGCAGCGGAUCCUGGAUCAGGCCAAGGCCCGUGUGGCAGCGCAGGAGAGAUCGGCCAUGUUUACCGACAGGCUGUCGCAGUCCGGCGUCUCGGGCUUAGGAGGCAUGGGACUGGGGGUUAGCGUGGACGGCGGUCGACUCGCGGCGGCCCGGGCGAGCAUGGCGAACCAGAAUAAACCGCAGACGCCCACUCCCUCAAAGCCCGGCGUGAACGGGACAGCGGGGACAGGACAUGUCCCGUACAAGGUGACGCCCGUACCCGUUCCUGUUAUUCCCACUCUACAGCGCAAGCCGACUUCAUGA